UGACACAAUCACGACCUGUAUUAAAAGAGCGUUGUAACAGUUAGCUAGUGAUAUUACAAAAGUAACAUGAUCUGAUGUCAAACAUCUUAGAUAGAUGAAUACAAAUGUGGAAGAUAAUCUAAAAUUUCAAAAUUGCAUAUUUUCGUGUUAUUUAAAGUAUUGCUUUGCUUAAUUGUUUCAUUUGAAAGAGUUAGUUUCUAGAAAUAAUCGUUUUUAUAUGACAGGUAUUUCUAUCAACAAAUGUCUGCGGUUGGUAUUGAAGGAGUUGUAAAAUCGGGAAGUAAAAGUGCCAAAGCAAUGAUGCAGAACGGAAAUAUGUGGAGGAUAAUUGCCUUGUCUAUCGUUCCAGGGGUAAUAUUAGUAUUCCAGAACAGUUUCAAUUUGAGUUCAAGCUCACAGUUAUUAACAGAACGAUACAACACAAAAGAGAGUGUGCAUUAUUCUCUGAAAGUUGGGGACGUCAUACACAGACUCCAAAAUGAACGUGACGUAAUGUCACUUUACGUGAGCGUUCAGGGUAAUUCUGCCUUGGAUGGGUUAUUGUCAGAAGCAUACAGAUUGACAGACGAUGCCCUUUUAAAACUUACACGCUGGAGACCCAGUUCUUCUAAAAUCAAAUUCCGUGAUAAAAAAAGUUAUAUUGACAGUCUCGCCAGAAUUAGGAAUCAAACCGAUCAGGUCACAUAUAAAGACGUGGUACGAUGGUUUGCAGACGAUAUACGUGUUUUUAUAAAGUGGAUGGUAGACGCUGUAAAGGAAGAGAGUGAAAGUGAUAUAUGGGCAGAACUUGUAGCGUUUCAUAUGCUUAUUAAUGGGAAAGAAUGCAUCGGUGUACAACUGGCUAUCGGGGCUUACUUUUAUACACAUGGUGGAUUAGAUAUUGAAUCUUUACUAUGGUAUAAGGCUAACCACGACCUCGGCGAGACUUUCUUCAAGAUGUUUGAGAGUUACUCUGCUUUGGCGUCAAAGAGUAGAGAGGAUCAUAUUGACGUCGAGCUCGAGCACCGUAUGCACGAGAUGCAGGAACGUAUCAUAGAGAAUUAUACUGACACGUUUUCUUAUGAGGAAGGAAUGUUAUGGGUUGACAAUAUGACGUUAUAUAUUGAUCAACUUAAUGAUGCAAUCCUAGAUUUGGCCGAUUAUAUUACUUUGCGAACAAAUGAGAAGAUAUUUACUCACAGGGUGGAUGUAACCAUUGACGUUACAGUUCUUGUGGUUACUUUUAUUGUUGCGGUCCUGGUAUCCUUAAUCAUAUACAAAAUUUCCAAAAGCAUAGAUAAUGUAAAGGAAUGCUUACAAGAAAAGACAUUGCACCUUGAGAAAGAACAGAAGCGAACAGAGACAUUAUUAUCCCAACUAGUGCCGGCAAAGAUCGCAAAGCGAAUGCAGAAGAGUAUUGUUGAACCGGAAAGUUUCGAGUCUGUCACUGUAAUGAUUGGUGAAAUCUGCAACUUUAAUACAUUUAUCCACCGCAGCACACCUAACGAGUUGUUGGAAUUGGUGAAUGACGUAUUCGACGUCUUCGAAAAGCGCAUUGAGAAACACAACGUCAGUAAGCUCGGAUCAACAGGGAAUGUUUUGAUGGUUGCAUCUGGUCUUCAUCAGAAGCAUACAAAGAGACACACUGAGGAAAUUGCCAACCUUGCUAUAGAUCUCCUUGAUCGAGUCCAACAAAUUCAAGUUAAACAAGCCUUCGGCGAAAAAGUUAAGCUCAAAAUUGGUAUAAAUACAGGACAAGUAAUUGCCGGUGUCAUAGAGGGGAAGUUGCCGCGAUAUUGUCUCUUUGGAGAUACUGUUGUCGGCGCUCAGCUGAUGCUAGACACGUGCUUACCUUUACACAUACAAAUGACGGAAAGUUCAUAUUCGCAACUGUCAGACAGGAAAACUUACAUAAUAAAGGAAAGAGAUGAUCUUCCUAAAAAGAAUGGUUCAAUCCAGAAAAAGACGUAUUGGCUGUUUGGAAACUUGAAUAAUACCCUGAUGCAGAUUGACUUGGAUGUAAACAACACAGAUGUCUGACAUUAUAGACGGUGUCAACUUGUGACAAAUAAGAAUAUGUGCAAUUUUAAAGAAAAUUUAAAACAAGUAGAAACAUUAUAUAUAGUGCGUCAUUUAAGUUGUGUACAGUCAUGUUCACGAGGCACUCGUUUACAAAUAAAGUAACGGGUGUAAAAUGUUUCAUAUAUACACAAUGUUCCAAUCACUAGUUAAAAAGCUAGCAGAAAUAAUAAAAAAAUUGCAUGUUCAUUGAAAACAUGCUGCUCCAAUGGGCAGGAAUACACGUUCUGUAACGGGUGGAAUUAAACAUUAAUUUAUCUUUUUCAUAGAUUUCUAUAUCUUUUAAUGAUUCUGUGUAAAUGAAUAAUAUUGAUAUAAAAUGUGUAUUGUAUUUUAAACUUUAGAACCCGUUUGAUAUCGUUACAUAGAAACAUUAUAGAAGAAACGUAUGUGACUGAUUUUUACAACAUCUAUUUUCAAUUGACAUAUAUUCAUAUGUAAAUUACAUUGACGAAAAAUUAAGGGGUGGGAUGUACAAUUUUUAAAAAUCAAUUUAUCCCUCCAGUCAUUUCUAGCAGCGACUGACAAGUUCUAAAGUAAUUUCUGUGUUCUUCUUCUAUUGGUGUUGUUUAUAAUAUUACAUUCAAUCUACCAGAUACGAUAUAAUACUAUUUUUUAAUUCCCAUCUGUCCUUAUUAGUAGAUAUUGGACUGCCUUAGACAUUGUUGAAAAAUAGCGAAAUGUAAAUGUCUUGAAAUCAAAUAUGAUUUAAACUAUACGACUGAAUUCAUAUUCCAGCAAGAAAUUGAAAAGUGCAAUAAUGACACACCCCAUAGAAUGAAGAUAUAGAUGAUAUAAGUAACAAUAUAAAUUAAGUGAAUGUAUGUCAACAGAUACGUAAUUAGAAAUCGGCGCUUAUUUCAUGCGGACCACUGCCAACAAACCCAACAGUAAAACAACUAUUAAUACGAGUACAAUUAAUC